AUGAAGUGGGUCGUAGCUCAAGCUCUUGCUUUUGCCGCUGGCAUUCAAGCCCAUGGCUACCUCUCCCUUCCCAUGAGUCGGACUGGCCUCAACGCCCAAUCUGGAGCAGACACUUGCCCUGAGUGUACCAUCCUCGAGCCCGUCACAGCAUGGCCAGACCUCAACUUAGCCCAAGUUGGUCGCAGCGGGCCCUGCGGGUACAACGCUCGCGUCAGUGUGGACUACAACCAACCCGGACCUCGCUGGGGUUCUGAUCCAGUAAUUAUCUACAAGGGCGGCGACGUAGUCGAUGUCCAGUGGUGUCUUGAUAACAAUGGAGACCACGGCGGCAUGUUUAGCUACCGCAUCUGCCAGGAUCAGGCGCUUGUCGACAAGUUGAUAACACCAGGAUAUUUGCCAACCGAUGCUGAGAAGCAAGCUGCAGAGAACUGUUUCGAGAAGGGCACACUUCCAUGCACUGACGUGAGUGGGCAGUCAUGUGGAUACAAUGCAGACUGUCAGCAAGGACAGGCUUGCUGGAGGAAUGACUGGUUCACGUGCAAGGGAUUUCAGGAUACUAAGUGUAGAGGUGUGGACAACGCGCCAUUGAAUUCUUGCUACACCAGUAUUGCUGGCGGCUACACCGUCUCUUCGAAGAUUAAGAUUCCGAACUACGUGUCGAACCACACUCUGCUUUCCUUUAAGUGGAACUCAUUCCAAACACCACAGGUCUAUCUGACCUGCGCGGACAUCAAGAUCACUGAUACAGGUUCAAACCCACCCACCACAACCAGCAAGGCCUCCGCUCCUGCAGUACCCACCUCAACCAAGGCCACUUCGACCACUGUAGCCACUGGAUGUGCCACACCUUUCACAACCGUGGCUGUUACAUUCAACUCCAAGACGACGACAGUAGUUGGCCAGACAAUUAAGAUCGCAGGAUCUAUUGCACAGCUGGGAAGCUGGGAUACGUCGCAAGCGCCAGCCCUGUCUGCCUCGCAGUACACGUCCUUUAACCCUCUAUGGACCAUCGCUAUUAACCUGCCUGCUGGCACCAGCUUCGAGUACAAGUUCAUAAAGGUCGAGAGCAGCGGGUCUGUGACCUAUGAGUCAGGUGCAAACAGAGCUUACACGGUGCCCAACGGCUGCGCAGGCACAGCAACGGUAGACACUACUUGGAAGUAG